CUAGGACCUACGCCCUUAAUUCCUUUAAAAUACGCAAUCAUGGCCACAGACGUCGCAAUUGAGACCACAAUGGGCACCAUAACCGUAGAGCUAUACAACUCGCACGCGCCCAAGACAUGCAAGAACUUCAGCACGCUAGCCUCACGCGGCUACUACAACGGCAUCAUCUUCCACCGCAUCAUCCCGAACUUCAUGGUGCAGACAGGCGACCCGACGGGCACCGGCCGCGGCGGCAGCUCCAUCUACGGCGACAAGUUCGAGGACGAGAUCAGCACGUCGUUGAAGCACACGGGCGCGGGCAUCCUCAGCAUGGCCAACAGCGGGCCCAACACCAAUGGCAGCCAGUUCUUCAUCACCCUGGCCCCGACGCCCUGGCUCGAUGGAAAGCAUACGAUUUUCGGCCGCGUGAAGAACGGGUUAAGGAUCGUGCAGCGCAUGGGGCUGGUGAAGACGGGGGCGGAGGAUCGCCCAAAUGACGAGGUUAAGAUCGUGAGGGCGUAUGUGGUCGAGAAUGAUGAGAUAUGAAUGGGGCGGGAGAGCUGCUGCGAGCAGACGAAUCACGAACGUUAGGCGGCCGGGACGGAGUUGCUGCGCGCGCGAAGAGGGACGUCACACUGCACUUGAGUGUCUAGCGCACCGUGCGGUGUGGGUGGUAGCGCAAGCAGGUGUGAGCAUGUCUGCUCAUGUAAGUAACCAUUGCCGCUAUUCUACACGCGGUUAAGAGCUCCAAGAAGAGCAGACUCGAGCCAUGUGGUCAAGGAGGUUCAUUUCCAUCCUCCAGAGUCUCUAAAUGCUCGGGUAGAAGUACUGGGCCACGAAUUAAAACCCAG